AACUGUUCAUUUUGAUUCACUUUUACAUAAUAUUUCACCUAAAUAUUAAUUUUAUAUUCUUUUUUAUUCGCGGUUGGUGUUCAAAUUGUUGAACUCUGUACACUUGCCAAGAUCAGUCUUGCAAUUUAUUUACUACAUUUGCCUAUGCAAACAGACUUGGAAUAAGAAGAGUAUUAAUAAACGCCUCCCAAUGAUGAAUUUUUCUCCCUUUGGAAACCACUUUGCAACAGCAAUUCCAUCGAUUCAUCAGUUCGCUGCCAAAUUUACACACGAUGGUACAACAACUACCACAACGACAGGGGUUGGUACACAAACAAUCAGCCCAAUACCAGAGGAGCCGAUGGUAAGCUCUUCAAAUCGUUACAACAAUCACUUUCAGAAUCAGCAAUCGAUGCCAGUGAAGUACCAGAGGGACAGUAGCACCCAGAUUUCAGGCAAUAUAUUGCCAUCGACUCCCAACCAGUCAAAAUAUCAAUCGGAGCCUCAACAUUUUCCAAAUUUACAAUUAAACUAUAAUGGCCACUUGAGACAAGAGGAACCACCAAAAAGAACAGGCAAUUACGAAGAGAACAACAUGCAACAAGAAAUUUGCAAUUUAGUUAAAAGAGAGGAGAAAAAUGAAAAUGGCGAUUAUACAGCAAAUGUGCAGCCUCAGCCUGGUAUGCCCCCUUCCUGGCAAAGUAUUGCAACACCUGGGUCCACUGUUGCAGAUUAUCUAUCUCAUUUGCCAGCUUCAACUCUACCAAUUUCUUUACACCAUUUUUUAAAAUAUUCAGCAGAAACUAUGAAGAAAGAUAUUGAGCCAGAACACCCUCAUCCUCCACCGACAGCCCCUCAGCCUGAUUUGAAAAAGAAGAAAAAGAAAAAGGCUCCGAAAGAAAAAAAACCCAGACCGAAACCGGGUGAAAUAAGAUUAACAACAGCUCUAGACGGUUCAACCCUUUACUGCUGUCCUGAGUGCCACAUGGCUUAUCCAGAUAAGUCACUUUUAGAACAGCACCUUCUCGGCCACACAAUGGAGCGCAGAUUUUUCUGUGAAAUAUGUGGUGCCGGGCUCAAACGAAAAGACCACUUAACCAGGCAUAAACAAAGCCACAAUCCCGAUCGGCCAUUCGUCUGCACUGUCUGCAUGAAAGCGUUCAAACGCAAAGAGCAGUUAACGUUACAUUUUGUGAUUCACUCGGGUGAAAAAAGGCACGUAUGUACGGAAUGUGGUAAAGGAUUUUAUAGGAAGGAUCACCUGAGGAAGCACACAAGGAGCCACAUAGCAAGGAGGGUCAAAGCUGAAAUUAGCCAACAUGUUCCGACCAAUCACUCCUCUUCUGAAAGAGACCCGGUUUCCUGAGGUACAGCCAAUGGGAAUUCGAUUCCCAGCAACAGCAACUUCACCCCUGAUCUCAUGGCUUUUGUCUCAGCUGCCAGAGAUUGCUUUUAGUCAGUGAAUCAUAUUCUUCAACAAAUAUUUAAUAAAAACUUUAAU